UGUUAGUAUCUGUAUCUGUGAACAAAGCGUGGUUCAGAGGAAAGCGCAGUGGGGUGAAGAAACGAAAAGCAAAAAAGAAAGAUCGAAGAAAAGGAAACCCUAACGACAUCGUCGUUGCGCUCUCUCAUUUAUGUAUUUUUUCCAAUUUCUCUCCUUCGAAUUCACUCUAAAUCUCUGCAAUCAUCCUUCUCACCCGACUCGCCCAACCUUCGAAUUGUGAGAAAGCUGGCCCCUGUGCUUCUGCCUCCAGAUCCCGGCUUCGGUCACCCAAUGCUGCUCUCUUGUGUGAAGAAUUCGUGCGCCGCGGAGGCGAAGGUUGUUAAACGGGCUGUCUUGGUCGCUUAGCUUCGCGAUUGGUGCGGAUGCUUUAGGCGCAGCGCUGGGAGGGGAGCAGAUCGGGGGUUUGGGGAGGUUGUCACAUUGACAAUGGUCCUUCUGGUUCUGGAGAAGGUCCUAAGCGCCUGUUUUUUUGUAAACAUCUAUCGGACAUUAAUGUGCGAGGAUCUAGAUGCAAUUUUGUCUGCAAGAAAGAACUAGAAGACUGUAAAAUGCCUUCUUCACCCUUGACUAGGCGCUCUCCAGCAACAGAGCUUAAAGUGGAAAGUGCUCAUAAGCGGGGCCACAGUUUUGAGAGUAAAUAUUCUCCCAAGCCCAAGGAUGAUGAUCUACUCCUGUUUAAUGAGGUGCAGAACCGUGAAAGAGAGAACUUCUUGCUACACUCCUUUGACGAUUUUGAUGAAUCCAUAUCAAAAUUGAAAUAUUUUUCGGAUUUUAGUCUUGGGAUCACCAUACCGGCUCGAACAAAGAGAAGUGAUCUACUUGAUGCAGAUGGUGAGAAAAAUGAUUACGACUGGUUGAUGACUCCUCCUGAUACUCCUUUAUUUCCUUCAUUGGAUGAUGAUGUUUCACAAUCUGCAAAUGCAUCUAGAGGCAGGACAAUUAGUCAACCAAUUUCAAUCCCGAAUACAUUGUCUGCAAGGCCUAAUAGAACCAGUGAGAGUCCGCAUAGAUUAAGUUCAUCUCCUAAAUCUAACUAUGGUGUCUCUCGUCCAAGAAGUAGACCAUCCUCAGUUCCUCGGUCAAGCCCACCUCCAAUUCUACGACCUGCAACACCUUCACGGGGACCUUCCACACCUCCGACCAAACCUUCAUCAUCAACUCAACUGUUUUUGACUCCACAGAGGAUGAGCACUGGUUCCAGUGUUCAGACAUUCACUAAUAAAAGAGGCAUGUCCCCUGCCAAGGUGAAUCGUGGAAAUUCUGCCUCACCGAAACUGCGAGGAUGGCAAUCAAACCUUCCUGGUUUCUCCACUGAUGUGCCACCUAACCUCCGAACUUCUCUGACAGACCAGUCGGCAACACGUGUGCGCGGUUCAUCCCCAGUUUCUGGUAAUAGAAGGGGGCCUGUGCCAAAAUAUGGAAGGCAGUCACUAUCACCAUCUUCUAGAAGUACAAUAUCACUGCGUAACAGUGAGGGAGAUGAAUUCAGCUCUAUUAGCAAGCCAUCUACAACAUCUUCCCAUGAAGAUGAUGCUCAAUCACAUGCUUCUGCAGGAGUUUUCCUUAAUGCAGCUACAAGGAAAUGUAGAGAUUAUGCCCACAAUAGAGCUAUGGGUUUCUCCAAGAAACCUUCAGGGUCUUUCUCUGCAAGUUCUGCUCCAAAAAGAUCCUUUGAUUUCGCUCGUAGGCAAACGGAUCAUCAUAGGACUCCUCAAUAUAUGUUCAGACCAUUGUUAUCAAGUGUCCCUGCCUCCACAUUUUACUCUGCAAAAACAAACAGUGUGCAUGGGCCUAUGCUUUCUAGGAAUUCUUCACUCACAACCAGCAGUAAUGCAAGUUCUGAUCAAGGUGCUAGUUUUGUUCUUGAUUUGGAGGAUACUGACCAUGAUCAAAGUGAUCUGACUUGCAAAUGGGAUGGGACAAAGAUUCAUGGAUUCCAAGAGGAAAUAUUUGUCUUGGAUAAAUUAGAUGAGGUAAGUGAAGAUAUUUGUCAUGAAACUGGAAAAUGCCAAAGUAAUAUUGGGAUAUUUGAUGAGGGUAUGUCUGGCAAAGUUAACUCAAAGUUGGACACUUCAAUGGCCAAUGUUGGUGUUGUUGUAAAUACUGUUGCUUAUGAAGAUUCAUCAUUUGCUGAUGAGGUUUCGGAUAAUAAUGCUGGUAAAAAAAUGAGCACUUGCUUGAAAUGUGGAAAAUAUUUUGAUUUGAUGGAUACGAAUGUUUGUCAAGAAUGUUUACCAUCAUAUUGUUUGGUAAGUUCCAAAGAAUCUGAGACUGAUGCUACUUCCCAAGAUAUCAAUUCUGUUGAAAAAUCAAGUAUCUGCUUAAAAUGUGGGAAAAGCUUCACUGUCAUGGAUAUGAUUAAGGAUGUAUGUCAAGAAUGUAAUGCAAUACACGGGUCAAUAGCUUAUAAGGCUUCUGGGACCAGGCAAGUCGCAGCCAGGGAUGAUCCUAAUGACACACCUCGUCAUGAGAUUCAAAGGAAAAUGGGAAUGUAUGUGCCACCUAACAGUAGACAUCAUUCCACCCUUGAACAGCAAGAGCAGAUUAGUGAAGGACCAGUGACUGAUUUCUCCAUGGAUAGUAGAGUACACUUGAUGACUCACAAAAACAAAAAGAAUCUUUCUGAACAGGAAAUAUUUAUCCCAAAUGAAUUGAAUGACUGUUGUAAAUGUGAAUCUCCACAAUCAGUGCCAACUCCUUGUUCAAAUGACGGGGUUGAGGGCACAGGCAUUGCAAUACUUCUAACAAACUCAUCAAGCAGCAGAAAACAUCAUAUUGUGCAAGGAAAUAGUUCUCUCACAAAUAUCCUUUACACAGAACCUUCUUAUGGAGUUGAUAUUCACAUCAUCAAGCGCAGCCUUGGGAAGGAUAGCUCUUCUUCUUCCUCUGUUGAACUGGGACCAUCUGAGCAAACAGACAUGCUCAUCCUGCACCAGUUAGGAAAUAGAAAGGAUGAGAUGGACAAUGUGAGGUGUGAAAGUCACAUUACUUCCGAUUCAGAUUUGGAUAAAUUCUCUGCCAUAGACAGAUCACCUUAUAAUGAAAUUGAAACUGAUCAAGUUUUUUCUCGUGUUAACCUAGGUCUGGAAAAUAAUGUUGAAAACUUAAUAUUGAAUGCUCAAAAGCCAGAAAAUUCUUCUGGAGGCUCAGAUUUGAGUGGUUUAAAACAUUCAUCUACAGAGCAAGCUGCUAUAAGCACAGAUGAAUCUUGCUAUGCUAGUUCAUAUUUAGCAUCUAGUGGCAUACUACUGCAGUUGGGUGAAGAAAAUACUCUUCAAAUGCAUGAUUCAUCAAUAUCAGGUGAUCCAGGUAGAACCUGUAUCUCUUAUCAAAACAUGGAUGAUGUGUGUUUGCAUAACAGUGAAGGGGGCAAUGAGAAAAUGGAGAAACGUACCACUAACCAAGAUACACCUUUAAUUGAAGACAACUAUAUGGUAACUGAUAAGGUCUGUGAAACUCAAGAUGAGAUUUUUGAUGUUGCAACAAGUAGCUUGCCUAUUGUAACCUUAGAUCAGCAAAAUGAAAUCGUCAGUUGUCAGGAUGCACAAAUAGAUUUUACGCCUGUUGAAAUGACACUCUGUUUGGAUCUAGAAGAUUGCACUUCCAUACCACUGGACAAGGAUGUACUACCUUCUGAAUUGGAGUCUAAAUUUUCCCAGGAUUCUUCCUUUGUCCCAGCUAAAAUGAAGCAGAGAGGGUCACUGGUGCUAUCUAUGAGGAGCUUCGUUUCCUUGCAUCCUCAUUAUGGUGACAUCUUCACUGGUCAAGUCCUUCACUUCGAUUGCAGUGUCUCACUGAUAGCAGGCAUCACUCCUUACGCCAAUGCCAAGCAGGCCCUCUAGCUUGCAAUCUUCAAGACCAACCUUGAGGUGCAUCCCUCUUGACCACUUUCAGAUCAUUCAUGCCCACUGUUGACCUAAUUCCAUAAGUAAUACAAUAUUAAUCUACUUGCCCAAAUUUCUACACUUCCAAAUAUACUAUUUUGCAUAUUUGCCAGUUAAAAAAAAAUAAUUUUGCAUAUAUAUUGUUCUAAAAUUUAAAAUCUCGCAUAGAUGUCAUUGGUGAAAUUAUCUAUCUUAAAACAAUAACUUGAGGAUUGUAAUUGACAAUAUCAUUCUUUGACUUUAAGUAUCAUAGAGCGUGCUUGUUUAAUUUAAUCAUUUGUCAAAUUUUUAAAAAUAAUUUUCUUGAUUUGUUUGUCUAAUAUUUGGAACAAUGUAUGAGUAUGAAGAAGGAUAAUUAAAAGGAAGUAAAAUGCAUAGAGACAGAGAGAAAAGGAAGAAGAAAUAAAUAAUUAUCAAUAUUUUGAUAAUGGCAUUUUCCACAUGAUUAUAACCAAACUCUUCUUUAACAUGGAUUUAUUUUAGUAAUGGUAUUUGGUAUUUACGAGAUAUGUAUAGAUUUAUAUCUGUAGUAUCAGAUUUUAUGGUUGAAAAUAUGGUAUUCCACAAGUUUGUGAAAAUUUCCCCCAUCUAUUAUAGGUUCAAAAGUUGUAUCCAAGUCCUUGUCUUACUGAAAUGUAAUUUCUUUUUCAGUGAGGCAUUAUCACAUGGAUUAGAUUCUACCCACUACAUCUUUUACAUGUCUUAGCGGUCAUGGAUUUAGCUUCUAUGCACUAGAUCUGCUGCAUGUCUUAGUAGUUUUUAAUUAUAAGUACCAUUUGAAUAAUAUGCUGCUUGAUAGAUAAUUACAAGUAAAAUGCAUAGAGACAGAGAGAAAAGGAAGAAGAAAUAAAUAAUUAUCAAUAUUUUGAUAAUAGCAUUUUCCACACAUGAUUAUAACCAAACUCUUCUUUAACAUGGAUUUAUUUUAAAGUAAUGGUAUUUGGUAUUUAUGAAAUAUGUAUAGAUUUAUAUCUGUAGUAUCAGAUUUUAUGGUUGAAAAUACGGUAUUCCACAAGUUUGUGAAGUUUUUCCCCAUCUAUUAUAGUUUCAAAAGGUGUAUCCAAGUCCUUGUCUAACUGAAAUGUAAUUUCUUUUUCAGUGAGGCAUUAUCACAUGGAUUAGAUUCUACCCACUAGAUCUUUUACAUGUCUUAGCGGUCAUGGAUUUAGCUUCUAUGCAUUAGAUCUGCUACAAGUCUUAGUAGUUUUUAAUAAUAAGUACCAUUUGAAUAAUAUGCUGCUUGGAAGAUUUAGAAUGUGCUUGUCCAAUAAGCUCCUUACAACUAACUUCAUCAGCAAUUCAUUCUAUAUUUUAGUUCAAAAGUUUAGGAUAAAGUAUUUAGAAGCUUUCCUGCAAUCAUUUGCAUCCAUUUGAUUGUCUGUAAAUAUGUUUUACAUAAACUUGUUAUGCCAUUGUUCUUGCUGUUAC